CACCGGAUCCCCUCACUGUAGGGGUCAAGCAUUCAGGCCAAGGCUGCAAGCACAGAGAAAGUUUGCUCAGUCCCAUCCCAGCACUCCAGGACCACCAGUGUUGAUGACAUCAGCACAAUGUAACCACACCCAUAACAUGGCUGUAGUCACCUGUCUGACGAGACAUCAACCCAAGACUGAAGACUUCUUGUCUUUUCUCUGUUUGAGAGGUUCAGCAGCGUUGCCUAGCAACAUGGCCUUCUUAGCGAGUGGACGGGAGAAGGAGUUAGCUGGCACUCAACAUCUUACUUCCUGUCUUUCCACCAAUCACAGGACUGCAACUGAGGGGAAGAGCAUGAGCACAUUCAAUAGAACAACAGUGCAGCGAGGGUCUAGGUCUCUGAGAGGGAAGCCUGGAGGCUCUGUCUCUGCAGUGGUCAGCUCCUUUGGCUCGCUAACUGCUCGAGCACAGAGGAGGAGGGACAGAGAGAGGAGAGAGGAGGAACAGCAGAGGAGGAGAGAGGGGAUGGAGGAGGACAGGAGACAGGGAGCUAAGAGACACCUCCUGAGACCUCGCCAGGUCUCCCUACAGGUCAGGAGGACUAACAAGGUUGCCAUGGUGACCGGACUGUCUGAACAUAGAACCUCUUGUGUCAUGCCAGUCCCUCCUGUAAAGCCAAGCACAGGGGUUGGCAGCAGACAAUCCCCAGGGCCCUGCACAAGACCUAGAGAUACCUGUAAACCAAAAGGCCACUCCCAAAGCAGACCCCAGGAAACCAACAUCAAACACCUUUCGCGGCAUAGCAACCACCAGCUGCCUCGCAAUCAGCGCCUUUCUCUGAACCACCAAACAAUCUCGAACUAUCAUAGCAACCCCAAGACCGUCAGUAGUCUUCAGAACUCAGGAAGAAAUUCAAGCAGGAUUCCAUCUCAAAUAUCAUUGACUAAUGGCUCAGUUAUCAGACAGUUAAAUGAGAGCCCUGGGGUUCUGAGGUUGUCCAGAAGGAGGAGAGGCCUCCCACCAGACACCAGCCCUAUCCCUCUGAAUCUGUGUUCUUUGGACAAAAACUCAUUGAAGAAGUGCAGGAUGCUGCAGAGCAAUGAUGGUGACGUCCCAGUGGAAAGUGACCGCCCUGUUGGUGAGACCCCAAUGAAGGAUGUGAAAUGUGAUAAAGAUGUUAGGGAGGAGUAUGUGAACCAUAUGAGUAAAACCAGUGGUAGCCAUGAUGGAGAACUUAAACAAGACAGAUGUGGUCAUAGUGGAGAGAGGAGUCUAGCGAGGUGCAGUUGUGUUACUGAAGACAUAGACGAGGUAAAUGUUGGAAAGUUAAGUUUGGUGAGCGUCACUGCUCUGGAGCCCUAUCAAGACAGGGUCAACUAUACCAAUGACAUCACAAACUAUGACCUUAGCCCUGUAUGUAAGGCCAUAUGUAGACAUGUGAGAGAUAAAAGAUUCCAGAGAAAUCAGCCAGCUUCAUCCACAACCCCCAAGACAAUUACCAGGACAACUGUUUCUAGGAGUGUUGCCAGAGCUGCUACUGUUAGGACCACUGUUACUAAAGCUGCUGUCAAUUCAGUGACAUCUACAUAUGUACGCAGUAACCCACCAGCCAGUUAUUCUGCCAAGCGUACUGCUAAGGGUAUUAUAAAAGGUACUAGCAAGGACAUUUACAAGUGUACUUCACUAGCCAGCAGCUACUCUAUUCAUAAUUCCAGAGGUGCUGCAAAAGACUCUUCCAAGGCUACCGCUGAGGACUCAACUAAGGACAGUAGCUAUUUAAGUACUUACAAGGGCUCUACAAAGCGUCUUACCCAGACCAAGUCUACUACCUCAGCCAUUAAGACCAGGACCAGCCCUAGAAUCCUUCUGAAGCAUUAACAAAGAUCUGAGCCAUGUCUGAAAACAUGCACAGAUUCAUGUUGAAGACAAUUGGCAAAAUAUUUAGAACAACAUUGGAUACUGUUCAUAAUGGGCAAUGCAUGAUGAUGGUGGUUGGCCCUUGGGUAAUGAUGUAGUGAGUACGGUGUGUUCUCUACAAUUAUUGUAGGAUAUUUUAAUUCUAUAUAAAUAAAAUUAAAAAAGUAAAAGAAAUAAUUGGAAGACAGCAGCAUAAUGGCGGACAAACUAUUAAGUGGAUAUACUGAAGUCACUAAUUUUAGAUGCUUCCCUGCUGUAUCUGGAUUUUUGUACCUAAAAAUGAACCUACCUACGUAACUAUAGUAAUUUCAUUUGAACAAGAGUAAUCUGUUCAAGGUUGUCUAGAUUGUUAACACAAAAAAGUAAUUUCUCCUCACCAGAAUUAAGAAGUUAGUGGUGUGUAAGCACAUUGAAAACAUCCAUCCCUCCCAUCCACACACACUUCCCAUCCUGUCCUCUGUUAGUGCAGUCUGAACCAAUUGUCUCUAAAACCAGCUGCACAGUGGUUAGCCAAACUGUUGUUACAAGGCUGUGUAUUAUCAGAAGGACCACCCAAACUACUGGUGCAAAGUAUACAUGAACAAAACUGGUGUUCUUUUUAUUUAUUAAUUUAUUUUAUUUCCCCCUCCCAUUGAAGCCUUUUAUGCCCAUAGUGUAUGUACCAUUAACAAGAUUUUGUCUAUGCUUCACCAGGAGUGCAAAAGAAAAAAAAAAAGGAUUUGGAGUGACAAAAAGGAGGGGGCCACAUAUUGACACAAGACAUGCUUAUUUUGUAGUCAGUGUGGAUUGACAGAUUAGUAGAAAUAGAAGCAUAUGUGUUUGGUGAGGGGGAUGAAUGACAGAGAUAUAAAGAAACACUUCAGUAAAUGCUGGGGAUGUGGUUUGGCCUUCACUGUUCAUAUGAUUGACUGUAAAAGACUGUAUAAAACCUCACGCUAGAUAUUGAAGAUAUUAUUGAAAUAUCAGAAGGCUUUAGAAUUACAUCAGGUGCUACUGGCUUGCUCAUAAGCUGAGUUUAAGAAAGUUGAAUAGAAGAGUAGUAAAAUGUUAUGGCUGUAGUAAAUAAUGAGUCAGUGCAUUCAUUAACGUUGCACAUUUCACAACAGUAAAACUGCUAUUUUUACGUUUUCAAAAUACUUACUCUUGUGACACUGAAAAUUGAGCUUAAAGUAAGUAAUUGAUAAAUGCAUUUGUAAAUGAGUUAUACUCUCUAUUAUACUCUGUCCAUGCUUGUCCAUAUGAUAUCCUUUAUUGGUCCAAAUGAUAAUUUAUGGCCAAGGUAUGUUAAGCUAGGUUAUGAAUAAAGGCAUGAAUCACAUUCUGCAUAUUAUGACGUGUCUCAGCCAUGGAAUUUAUAAACCAUUUACUGACAUUAUUUAUUAAUGUUAGUCCAUGGUUUAUAAAAGAAGUGCAGACGACUGCAGUCAAGAUAUUUCUUAAUGGUUUCACAGCACUGAUGCAUCAGGUUGGUCUUCCUCAAAGAAUAAAACUACUAAAAUUA